AUGGCUCAAAGUAAUGAAGAAGGCAAAAAAAGACAUCUUGAUUCAAGACUUGACAAUCGAGCGUCCACAUCAACAUCGGGUAACAAUAAUAAUAGUAGCAAUAAAAAGAAUAAUAAAAACGCCAAUGAACCACAAAAACCAAAUCACAUACUUGAACUUUACGAUUUUGCUGAAUCUGAUGAUCUUAUGGAUAUUGUAUUAUUGGAUGUAACCAUUAAGCAUAUUAAUCCUUCAAAUAAUUCACCAAAUAAAAAGCCAAUUAUUCUGGCAAUUUUCAGGAAUGCACGUGAAGCAAGCAAGGCAAUUCAAUCUUUCAGGGGGGUUCAAUUUAAAAUUAAAACAUUGGAACCAUUAGUGAAAACAAGCAAUGGGAAUCCUCCAACAUCAAGUGGACAAGCUCCCGCUUUGACAAUAAAUUUAUCACCAACAUCAAAUACAUCAAUAAAUGCAUCAACAAAUAGCAAAAUGAGCAUUGAAGGGCGUAAGUUAUUUAUUUAA